GUCCCUGAGUUUCACGCAUGCGCGCAGUGCACAGAAGGCUUUGAAAAUGUCGGUUGCAGGUUAAAAAUGAGAAGGAAUUCAUCUCCAGGAAGCUCAAAAACGACACGCCAGUUUUGUUGUCUCUGCCUAGAUACUUAAGAAGUGGAGCAAGGGAUCCAAUUGUCCACCCUUCCUGCUCAGACUGUGGGGAGGAAUUCACUCGGUGAUUUUGACCAACUGGCAUGCCCAUCAUUUUACACAGGAAAAAGGACAUUCACCUGCCCAGACAGUGGGAAUGGAUUCACUCGGUCAUCUCAACUAAAGGUACAUCAGCAAGUUCACACUGGACAAGGCCAUUCACCUGUUCUGUGUGUGAGAAGGGGUUCAGUCGGUCAUCCCACCUGUGGACACACCAAUCAGUUCACACUGGGCAGAGGCUGGUCUUCUGCUGAACUUCUGGGUAAGGAUUCACUCUGUCAUCUGACCUAAUGGCUCACCAGCGAGUUCACACUGGGGAGCGGCCGUUCACCUGCUCAGUCUGUGGGAAAGGAUUCACACUGUCAUCCCGCCUACUGGUACAUCAGCAAAUUCACACUGAGGAGAAGCCGUUCACCUGCUCAGUCUGUGAGAAGAGAUUUACUCAGUUAUCCAACCUACAGAGUCACCAGCGAGUUCACACUGGGGAGAAGCCAUUCACCUGCUCAGUCUGUGGGAAAGGAUUCACUCUGUCAUCCACCCUACAGAGUCACCAGCGAGUUCACACUGGGGAGAAGCCUUUCACCUGCUCAGUCUGUGGGAAAGGAUUCACUCUGUCAUCCAACCUACAGAGACACCAGCGAGUUCACACUGAGGUGAAGCCAUUCACCUGCUCAGUCUGUGGGAAAGGAUUCACUCAGUCAUCCAACCUACAGAGACACCAGCGAGUUCACACUGAGGUGAAGCCAUUCACCUGCUCAGUCUGUGGGAAAGGAUUCACUGUGUCAUCCAUCCUACUGGUACAUCAGCGAAUUCACACUGGGGAGAAGCUGUUCACCUGCUCAGACUGUGGGAAGAGAUUCACUGACUCUUCCACCCUACGGAGACACCAGCGAGUUCACACUGGGGAAAAGCCGUUCACCUGCUCAGAAUGUGGGAAGCGAUUCACUCGGUCACCCAACCUACGGCGUCACCAGCGAGUUCACACUGGGGAGAUGCCGUUCACCUGCUCAGUGUGUGGGAAAGGAUUCACUGACUCUUCCACCCUGCAGAGACACCAGCGACUUCACACUGGGGAGAAGCCGUUCACCUGCUUAUUCUGUCGGAAGAGAUUCACUCAGUCAUCCACCCUACAGAGUCAUCAGCGAGUUCACACUAGAGAGAGGCUCAGAAUGUGGGAAAGGAUUCACUCAGUCAUCCCACCUCUUGGCACACCAGUCAGUUCACAGUAAGGAGAGGCCAUUGUUAUGAAUCCUUUGGUUUUGUUUGCUGUAGACUGUCAUUUUAAGAGAGAGAGAGAGAGAAAUUAAGAAAGUGAAUCAGUCUGACUUGCAGCUUGUUUACAUCGCUCGCAGCUUGUUUAGUUUUAACUGAGGACACAGACACUCAGAGUCAGACGGAGACAAAGGAGGAAAAAUGGAAGGAUCAAAACCAGGGAACUAGUAGCCAAGGAUCACUGUUUGGAACUUUCCUUCGCUCACAAGGGUGGGCUAAUUAUCGAUUCACCGUACAUCGAAUGUGUGGUUGUCACCUCAUUUGAUCCACAGGAGUGGAUCUGAUUUGGGAUAUCCUGUGGAGACGACUUAUGUGUUAAGCCUUGCCUGGCUGUGGCGUGGUCAUUCAUUUGAUGAUACCACUUAUGACAAUUCACUUUAGGUGAUAAUUCGUAUGUACAUUUGUAAAGAUGAUGGAUAAAAUCUAGAGCGACUGUUCUCUCUUUUUACCACCAUGGAACCUGUGGAAUACAACAUAAUUGCCUUCUCUCAACAUUUACCCUGGAUUACAAAAAUAUCUCUCUCACAUCACCUAUUCUGUGAAUUAAUUGAACUUUAAUACUUUAACAUCUCCAGACUCCAAGCCUUGUUUCCCCUGAGCUCAGAAGUUUGGGAGUUAUAUUUACACACAUACAUACACAUAACACUCAUGAGGAAAUCUGCAGAUGCUGGAAAUACAAACACAAAAAAAAUGCUGAUAGAACACAGCAGGCCAGGCAACAUCUAUAGGGAGAAGCACUGUCGACGUUGUGGGCCGAGACCCUUCGACAGUACUAACUGAAAUAUAGUAAGAGAUUUGAAAGUAAUGAGGGGAGGGUGAAAUGCAAAUGAUAGGAGAAGACCUGAGGGGGUGGGGGUGAAGCUGAGAGCUGGAAAGGUGAUUGGCGAAAGUGAUACAGAGCUGGUGAAGGGAAAGGAUCAUGGGAAGGGAGGCCUUGGGAGAAAGAAAAGGGUGGGGGUGUAAGUACCAGAGUGAGGGGGAGAACAGGUAAACAACUAAAUAUGUCAGGGAUGGGGUAAGAAGGGGAGGACGGGCAUUAACAGAAGUUAGAGAAGUCAGUGUUCAUGCCAUCAUGUUGGAGGCUACUCGGCCGGUAUAUAAGGUGUUGUUCCUCCAACCUGAGUUUGGAUUCAUUUUGACAAUAGAGGAGGCCAUGGAUAGACAUAUCAGCAUGGGAAUGGGAUGUGGAAUUAAAAUGUGUGGCCACUGGGAGUAGUCUUUUGCUGUUGGUUCAUUUCUAAAGCAUUAUGGUUUGUAACAAAAUGGGGCUGUGUCUGGGAUAUGACAAAUUUAAGGAUUGAUUAAUUAUCAAUUUCAUUGGGGAAAUCCCUUUUGAUUUACUUGUGUGUGGAAAACCAGCAGCAAUGGAUGUUGAUAGAUAUCUGGAAGUGUGAACCUCUCAGGCAUUAGAGGACACCAGAAAGAUUGAGUUGUUGAGUAUUGCUAGAACGUUAAUACUUGCUAAGGUGAAAUUGACAAUGAGGAGGGCACAGAUGCAGAAGAUAAUAGCUGAGCAUUAUGUAUCUGAGGAUGUGUUUAAAGUGAAGGAGUUGGAGGUGUUUCCUGAAUGUAAACCUCGUGAGCUUGAGCUCCAAUAGAAGUUAGAAAUAUUAAAGAUGGAGGCUCCGGAAAGGCAGAUGCAGUUUUAGGCUAAAGAGGCAGAAAAGCAGACAGAAAAUUCUCUUACAAAGUGUACUUAAGGGGAAGGCUUAGCAACCCUAUUCUGCUUUGACAGUUGCUGAAGCAGCUUAUUAUUUACUUAUUUAUGCUGCCCCAAUCAUCGCCACUGGGCUAUAAAUGUGCAGGAGCUGUGUGUGGUUCAGUGUUUUGCUCAAGGACACACAAGCUGCCUCGGCUGAGGCUCGAACUCAUGACCUUCAGAUCGCUAGUUCAACACCUUAACCACAUGGCCACGCAUUAUGACCACAUAUUAUGACGUAGUGAAACAGGCUGUGCUCAAAGCUUACGAGUUGGUCCCAGAAGCAGACAGGCAAAAGUUUAGAAAUUUGAAGAAAUCUGUGAACCAGAUAUACGGAAUUUGCUUAUGAGAAAUUUGUGUCUAUUGACCACUGGUGCACAUCUGAACAUGUAAAUGAUGAUUUUAACAGCUUGAGAGAUUUGGUUUUAAUUGAAGAAUUCCAAAGGUGCGUCCCUGAUGACAUAAAGACGUAUUUAGAUGGAAAUGAUGCUGCCACUCCGCAGGAAUCUGCUGGAUUAGCAGAUCAGUUUGCUUUAAUUCAUGAAGUUAUGUUUACCCUGAAUAAGAGUUUCCAAAAGGCACUUGUCAAGUUGUGGGUAAACCUAAUGAGCUCACCCCAGUGGCCUGUACCUGCAUUCGGUGAACCCUUUUCCAAAGUUAUAGUGGAUUGUGUUGGCCCAUUGCCAAAGUCUAAAGCUGGCCAUCAGUAUCUGCUAACUAUUAUGUGUACUACAUCCAGAUUCCCAGAGGCAAUGCCUCUCAGAAAUAUUAAAGCUAAAACUGUG